AUCGCGCGGGCCUACCGCCAGCUGGCCCGGCGCUACCACCCCGACCGCUACCGGCCCGAGCCCGACGACGAGGGCCCGGGGCGGACGCCGCAGAGCGCCGAGCAGGCUUUCUUGCUGGUGGCGACUGCCUACGAGACUCUCAAGGUCUCUCAGGCAGCAGCAGAGCUUCAACAGUACUGCAUGCAGAAUGCCUGCAAGGAUGCCCUGCUGGUCGGUGUUCCAGCCGGAAGCAACCCCUUCCGGGAGCCUAGAUCCUGUGCUUUAUUCUGAAAACUGUAGGGAAGAAGUUCGCUGAGGAAUGCCUUUCAGCACAAAGUGGUGAAUGACUGCCUCCAA